CGCCUGACCGCGGCUCAGGGGCACCAACAUGGCUGCGCCCAUGUGCGCGCCCGGGCACAGCUAGAGCGGCGGUUCUGUACCCGUCCCGUCGUGCGAGAAGCUGGUCUGUGUCUCGCUUUGUCGCCGCCGCGUAUCGCUGCCGCUGCAUGGAGCCGCGGGAGUCCUGGGCGGCCUUAGUGGCUGGUGGAGUUGCUGGUGUCUGUGUUGACUUGAUCCUUUUUCCCCUGGAUACUGUAAAAACAAGACUGCAGAGUCCUCAAGGAUUUAGGAAGGCUGGUGGUUUUCAUGGCAUCUAUGCUGGUGUUCCUUCCACUGCUAUAGGAUCCUUUCCUAAUGCUGCUGCUUUUUUUAUCACCUAUGAGAAUGUGAAAUCCAUGUUGCACCAAGGCUCUACAUCAUACUUGACUCCAGCAACACACAUGGUGGCUGCCUCCCUUGGGGAAGUGGUCGCAUGCCUCAUACGGGUUCCAUCUGAGGUUGUCAAGCAAAGGGCCCAGGUUUCUCCUUCCUCAAGUACCCUACAGAUUCUGUCCCACACUUUAUAUCACGAGGGUAUUCAAGGACUUUACCGGGGUUAUAAAAGCACAGUAUUAAGAGAGAUUCCUUUCUCUCUGGUACAAUUUCCACUCUGGGAGUCCUUAAAGGAUCUCUGGUCAUGGAAGCAGGGUCACGUGGUGGAUUCUUGGCAGUCAGCAGUCUGUGGAGCUUUUGCAGGUGGAUUUGCAGCUGCAGUCACCACACCUCUCGAUGUAGCGAAGACGAGAAUUAUGUUGGCAAAGGCUGGUUCCAGCAACGCUCGUGGGAAUGUUCUGACUGCCCUGGGUGGCAUCUGGAGGACACAAGGCCUGUCGGGGUGUUGUCCCACGGAUGGCAGCCAUCAGCCUGGGAGGCUUCAUCUUCCUGGGCACCUACGAGAAGACUCUCCAGCUGCUCAGAGGAGCUGGAGGAGCCCCAAGCUGAGGAGGAGCCCGCUGGGCACAGCCUUGCUCCCGCACAGCCCUGCUCCCGCGCAGCAGCUGCCGGUGGCUGAGCGACGCUUUCACAGCCAAUCCGCUGAUAAUCCCAUUUCCCAAACACCGAGUUUUCCUGCAUGGAAACUGAAGGAGCAGGAGGCUGGAAAUGCCGAAGCCCAGGAGGGAGGCCAGGAAGGCAAGGUAGGGAGAGGGUGCAAGGAUUCCUGGUGUAGGGCUGGAUCCUGAUCCCUCAGGGCUGCUGGCAGAGCCAGUCUUGGCUGUUGUGCUCACCUUAGGAAAUGGAAGCUGCAGUGGCCGAAAUGGUGCCGGGAUGAGCUUGAUGAAAGGGCCCUGUUGAAGGUAUUUAAAAGUAUCAUCAGAGCCUGGGGUGAGGGUUUCCACCAGCAACGUGGCUCAGUGGUGCUUGACAGUCACAGAAUCAUUUUGGAAAAGACCUUUCAGCUCCUACAGUCCCAGCCCUCCCCUCACCCUGCCCAGCCCACCACUACCCCAUGGCCCUCAGCACCUCAGCCCCAUGGCUCUGGGAUCCCUCCAGGGCUGGGGCCUCCCCCACCUCCCUGGGCAGCCUGGCACAGGGGCUGACACCCCUCUCAGGGAAAUAGUUUUUGCUACUGUCCAACCUAAACCAAUUGGGUCAAACCCAUUGUGACAGGGUGUGUGACAGGGAGGGACACGUGGAGGCCGAGCUGGGGCUGCGGCUGGACGGGCCGCUGCGCUGCCAUCCCCUCGUGCAGCAGCGGCCUUCCUGAGGACAACUACUGAGAGAAUAAUUGGCAAACAGAUAAAACAUACAGAACAAAGGACAUAAUUCCUAAAAAUAAUCUUCAAUUAAAGCUGGGGAUGUCAGCCAAGCCCUGCACUGGCUGUUUACUGUAGGCAUCUCCACAGUGCAGGGCAGCAGUGCUCGGGGUGGCUCUUACCGUGUUUUUAGAGAGAUCUAUCUCACAGUCAGCUUUAGGGCGUUGUGGGGGCAGGAGUGGUGGCAGGGAUUUACUACUCUGUCUAAAAAGCUAACUGGUAUUUUGAAUUAAAGCUCUUCAAAGACACUACAAGAGUUAGUGCAGCCUCUGCAGUCAGUGACUGGAGCUGAAGCUAAUCAGUCCUUGGGGCCACAUGCUGCAUUGCUGUUGGGUUUAUUUAGUAUUUGCAUAACCAGCUUUUGUCAUUGCUGCUGUUUGAUUUAAAAGCCCCAACCAAACCCAACCCCCAACCCAUGCAACCAGCCAAAUUGUUUUAGCCACCCUAACCUGGGGGGAGAGGUGACCCCUCUGUGCUCAGGGGCCACCUCUGCAUCCUGUAUUGCAUUUUUCAAUAUGGACUCUGACUAACUUCCACCUCCUCAGCAAGUCAGGCAGGCAGAGCUCUGGCCGCUGCAUGGGGUGUCACCUGAAAGCCCUGGCUCUCCUUUCACCAGUGGGUAUGUUGGCAGCAACGCUGCAUUUUCAUCAAAGACAGAGAAGAGGAUCUAGCAACAGAUUAGAACUUUAUUUUGUUUUCAACUGAAGCUCCCCAAAGCUCACUCUCAACAGCUGUUAUAUUAUAAAUGAACCUUUAUUAAAGACACUUCAAUGCCAUUUGUUAGACACUUCAAUAUCUUACAUGUUUGUCAAUGUACAACAUUGUACCAAAUUUUCUAAUAAAUAAAUAACUUUGUACAC